AUGCCUGAGAACCCCCAUUUAGUGGAUUCCCGAUCGGAGCUCAUCGAUCUAAUGCGUCAGAAACGCUAUCUCAUCGAGAGCCUCACAAACUUGGAACGUCAGAUUUACCUUUUCGAGGGUAGCUAUCUGGAUGAUACAGCACCAUACGGAAACAUCAUAAAGGGCUGGGAUCGUUACUUGCUGACCUCAUCAUCUGGCAGCGCUUUCAGCGUUGCGGCUGGCGCUAAUGGUACUGGAGACAAGAGAGUGCGCAAAUUUCGCGAUUCAGAUCGCCUCUUUUCUCGCUCCUCCGUCACGUCUAUUGCAUCCACUGGAAAUGUGCACAACUGUUACGAGUCCGACAGACGUGAGUAA